AUGGACAAGUCUCAAGCGCAGGGUACUGCGGGGCGGAAUGUCAAAAGGCGCACUGGACUGAGCACAAGGCCCAGUGUAAAGCUGCGCAGGCGCGACAAGCUUGGUAUCGUGCCGGGGCGAUGGCGCAGCAGAUUUUCUAUCUGUACACCAAAACAAUCUACAUGGUGUCCUGGGCGGAUUGAAAAGACUGGAACGACUUGGCUUAUACAUCCCGGAGUCUACACCGGUACAAGCCAACUGAUGCCAUUCCCAUACGAGAGAGUCCCAGACGUGCAUGACCAAGAAGCGCUCCUGACCUAUCAAAGCUGCAGUACAGCUGUCUCGGAGAUGCACAAUGUUGUCAAAAUUCUGCUCAGAGGUCUCUACCCCAAAGUCGACGAAGUCAGUCGCUUUCUCAAAGGCGCCGUCCUUAGCAAUGCCGGCGGCCGCGUCAAUGCCGACGCCUUGAGGAGCAUCGUGGUGCUUGACAGCAUGGCGGGAGUGGGCACUGUGAUGGAAAAGCUGACCGGAAUCGCCUGUCGGACAGAUGGCAGCGGGGCACAAAUCACCAACGACAUCCCUAAGAUGAAGCUCAAAGAGCGGUUGGGUUCGGAGAAAGAGCAAUAG